AUGUCAGAGGUGCUGGGUGACGCCAGUGAGUGCUUGAUAGGGGCAGUGGACUACUUGAGUUUCCCGGACCUGGCUGCCGUCCUGGCCUGCUCGCAACGGCUCCUGAGUCACGGGGCAUCCACUUUUCUUUGGGAUGAAUCCUCAUGGCGGAUGAAGCACUUAGAAGCGCGCAUUCCAGCACAUGCGCGGUGGCGGCCUGCAAAGGAUCCUGACCUGGUCGAUCCCGCGGAAGCUCAGCCGUGGAAACAUUUGCGAGCUGGUGCAAGCACCUGGCACUUCGCAAGCGGUUUGCAGCUCUACGAAGAAAAGAAGUUCGAGGAGGCUGAGGAGCAUUUGCGGGCCCUGCUGCGGCUUCUUCCUGAAAGGCCCUUCGCCAUGUGCCGCUUGGCAGACACGCUCUACGGCCGCGCUGUGUCUCUGCUCGCGUACCAACGUCAGCCAGAACGUUCCCAGAAUCCACCUCCUGUCGUGGACGAUAAUGAGGCGGAAGAUGAAAAUGAGGCAAACGGGGAAGAAGAGGAGCCCGUUGCCUGGCUUUCGCGCUCGCCCCUCUCGACUCAACCGCGCCAAACUCCGGAACCUGCAGAAGCAGAUGUUGAACGGCCAGAAGUCCCGAGCGAGGGGCUCGCGACUGCGAAUAUGGACAGCUCCCAGAUCGUGCUUCCCUCGCAGCCUGACCUGCAGAACGAAGAGAGUGAGGAGCUAGUUCUGGACGAUGCGGGCGCCAGGCCGCCUGAAGUUGAAGAGGAGACCACUUGCAGGAUUGAGACUUUGCGAGAGCAGCUGCUGUCAGAGGCCAAGGACCUCUACCAACGCUCCUAUUGCCGAUCCCCAGAGUGUUCAUACGCCGUCAAUGGCUUGACGUUGUUCGUUCAUGUGAGGUCUGAGAAGAUUGAUUUGCUGGAGCGGGCGAUCAAGUUGGAUGGAGAGAACCCGUAUGCCCUAGCAAAUCUCGGAGCCGAACUCUUUGGAGAGGAUGAUCAGCGAGCACUUCACCUUCUGGACAAGGCCUUGGAGAUCAACCCUCGGCUUUUUUAUGCUCGCCUUUGCAAGAGCAAGGUUCUCCUCCGGCUUGGCAAUCUGCCAGCCGCAGUAGAUGCAGCACGGUCCCAGCUGGAGUGGCAGCCGCACGACGAGUGCCAUGGACAUGGAUUUGAUGCUUUUCCUUUUCGUGGUUGUAGCCUCUGCAAUGAUCCAUGGGCCUCGAAGCUGCAGAGGAGCCAGGCAUGCACUUGA